GGCCAGGUUGAAGUCUUACGCCAAUACCAGUCAUUGCUCGCCCUGCGUGUUGCUCCUAUUGUGACCACCUUGAUCAGGCGUACCUGCCUUCUCUUACAAUUCUGUGGAGCCCGUGCUCCCUUACAGACAGACGACCCUGACAGUUGAGUGGUUUGUAAUAGUUGACCACAAAAGUCGAGCCACCAUUCCCCUCUAUCAGUCUUGACAUUCACAAAAACGUGCUACCCGGCUGGGAUAAGCACCAUACUGCACUCUAUCAGUUGACCAAUUCCAAAAGUCAAAUCACCACUAUACCACACUCUGCCAGCCUUGAUAUGAAUGGAGCCACCAUUCUACUUCACUUUACCAGUCUUAGCCAAUUUUAAGAAUCGAGCCAUAUCCUGCUGCUCUUUAACCAUUACAAAGUUGUGCCACCGCGCUGGCACGGCAGGCAACAGCCACCGGCACGCAGGCAAGAGGCAACAGCGUCAGCCGGACUGUUUUCCCUUCAGGUCUCCUUUGUAUCUUUCUUCAUUAGUCUUGACUAUCCACCAGAAUCAACACCAUAAUACACUCUACCUGUCUUGGGCAAUUCCAAGAUGGAGUACCAUUCUGCUAUAUUCUUUCUUCCACCAUUUACAAAAAUGUGCUACCGGUCUAUCACAGCAGGCAACAGCUACCAGCACCGCAGGCAAGACCCAACGGCCGUCCGGACUGUUCGGAAGUUCAACGGAGUGGGCAUUUAUAUCUUUCUUUAGUCUUGACCAUUUCUUGGAAUACUACACUCUAUCAGUUGCCCAAUUCCAAAAGUCAAAUCACCAUUCCCCUCUAUCAGUCUUGACAUUCACAAAAACGUGCUAUCGGGCUGGCACAGCGCAGGCAACAGGCAUCAGCACUGCAGGCAAGAGCCAACGGCUGUCUGGACUGGAGCACCAUCUACUGCCCUUUCAUCCCACCCCGGGGUGCAUGCUUCUGCAAUACAUUGAGGGGACAGUGGAAAAGCUGACAAGGCCACCACAAGGAAAGAAUACCAGGAGUGGUUUGUAGCCGUCGCAAGGCGGCCUCAUUCUCCUUACAUUGCUAGAAAAUCGGCAUUCGAAUAGCCCUAGGGGUGCAUGCUUCUACAUUACAUUCAGGGGAUAGUAGAAAACCUGACAGGACAGUGGAACAUCUGACAGGGCCACCACGGAAGAAUACUAGGCGCCAGCAUUCUCCCGCCCCCAAAACUACCUCCAGCUCCCUAAACGACAACCCCUCACAGCCUACCCAACAAGCAUUCUCAAAUAUACAAGGAAACAAGAAGGGAGGUAGGGAGAAAGAACAGUACAACCAA